AUGCCUAGAACUAAUGCUCCAUCACGAUCUAAUAGUUUUGUUAAACGUCAAUCAUCAAUUAUUGAUGUUAAUGAUUUACCUACAUCAGCAAAUCAACAAAUCAAUGAUCAAACACCAAUAAAAGUCUUAAUUUUUAAUGGAAAAUGUUCUAAAGUAUUCAAAUCCGCAUUAGAAGAUUGUGUUGAAGAUUGUAUUUUGGAAUUUUCUGGUGAAAGAAAUUCAGUUUAUGUACCUAAAAUUGGACAAGCUAUACAAAUACCACAUGGUAGUAAUCGAAAUACUAUUCUUUCAUUACAAGAACAAAGUGCUAAUGCACGACAAUCAGCUCGAUCAAGUCGUCGACGAAAUUCCAUUAAUCAAUAUAAUUCUUUGCCACAGAUAAAUGGUAUACGUAGUGCAUUACCAAACAAUAUGUCAUUACCGGCAACGGCUCUUGCAGCAACAACAGCUGUACGUAUGCGUCAUCAACUUGUUCAACAAAGAUUUUCUCUUGAAGAUGAUAUUUCUGAAGAAACAGUUGAUCAACAAUCACAUGUUGAAAUAAAAGCAAUAACAAAUGUUAUUGAAUCUGAUGUACGUUCUGAACAUCCUUCUAUUAUACGUGAAGAAACAAUAUUUCCAAUUCUUGAACAUGAUAUAACAUCAUUAUCAUUACCUACAUUUCUUUAUAAUGUUAUUCCAUCAAGCAAAACACAUAUGUCUUAUCGUGAUCGUCAGAAAGAUUAUCGUCUAUCUGAUCUUGUUAUGCUUGGACCAGAAUAUUUUCGUCAUGUAUUUAAUCUUCCACAUUCUCGUUCUCAAUCUCAACAACGUCAUAACAAUAAUAAUAAAACAACAGGAAAAGCUUCUGAACUUGAUCGAAUUAAACAAGAUCUAUUUCAUCGAUAUUUAUGGACACAAAAACCUCAAGUAUCAUGUCGUAUUCGUCCUUUAUCAACAUAUACACGUGAUACAACAUUUGUUACUUAA